AUGUCCUACCGUAAGAUUGUCCAAGUCGGCGCCAGCGGCAACCUGGGUGCACCAAUUUUCAACGUCCUCGUCGACUCUGGUAGAUUCGAGGUCACCGUCCUCGGACGCAAGUCUUCCUCUUUCGUGCCACCUAGCCCAGACGUCAAGUUCUUUGGCGUGGAUUACUCCAACCAUGCUGAGCUCGUCGAAGCGCUUCGCGGACAAGACGCGAUCAUAAUGACUCAAGGUAACCUUUCUGCCGCUGAGAGUGUUACGAAGAAUGUCGUCAAUGCGGCUAUCGAGGCUGGCGUGAAGCAUAUUAUCCCGUCUUUAUUCGGCGCGGAUAUUUCCCGCCCACCGGCUUCUGAGCAAGAUCUCUUUCGCACGGCUAUGAAUAUUCUCGGCUUCCUCAAGGAGAAACAGAAUCAAAUCAGCUACACUUUCAUCGCGGUUGGAAAUUUCUUUGACAUGGGCCUGGAGAACGCCAGCCUGGGUGUCGACGUGCGCAACAAAAAGGUACGGAUCUACGAGGAUGGCAAGCCACCGUUCAAUACCACGACAUACGAUACCAUCGCCCGAGCCAUUAUUAGCGUGUUCUCCAACCCAGACAAGUUCAUCAACCGUGAUCUGCGCGUCCACGACUUUUACAUUAACCAGUGGGAUCUCAAGGCUGCCGUCGAAGCGGAGACUGGGGAGAAGUACGACGUCGAGUAUGCGGACAUUGAGAAGAUGAGAGAUGAGUCGCUCGCCAACAUGGCGCAGGGCCGAGUCUCGAUGGAGCAUAUAAUGGGACUGAUCAUUUACGUGAUCUUUAGCAAGCGAGCGUGUGCGUGGGGGGUCGAGGAUGACACCGAGUUGCUCCAGCUCCCAAAGAAGGAUCUCCAAGAGGAAGUGAGGAAGGUGUUGAAGUCUAUGCAGUAG